UAAUGCAUGCAUCUCUGCAUCUGCCCCGUGGAGCGGAACUGAACUGUGUCGGCUAGAGGAGAGGUUGGUUCCAGCUCUAGAUCUCCAGGCAGUAGCUAUCUUACCCCCCAGCCAGUCAGUAGCUGUCUCCCCCUCUCUUCCCCCUAGCCAGUCAGCCUGAAGUUGGACAUCAUCCCCCCACCCCACAUCCACAACAUGAGCGGAAAACGGAAACUGAGUUUCAAGUGGUUCGGGAGUCUCUCCAACCUAUCCUUUCGGCGUGGCUCAUCGUCAGACAAAUCUCCCUCCAAGUCUGACGGGGGCAGAGCUCUGGAUGUGGUAUCCUCCCCCGACGCCGCGGAGACGUCUGUUGACGACAUGGAUAUGACUCGUCCGCGCACCUCCAGCUACGCCCGCUCCAGCGACAACUACACCCACAUGGGCACCUUGCCCCGCCUCCUCCUCAGGAAGAGAGACAAGAGUGGGAAUUCUGUGAAAGGAGGAACCAAGAAGGGGGCGGGGCUGGGCAGGAGUCAGAGCCAGCGGCCGGGAGGGGACCAUGUCUGUAGCUCUCCCCUUCUCACAGCUCUAUCUAGCAAGCCUGGCUCCAGACAGGACGAGCCUGGCGCCAGACAGGACGAGCCUGGCUCCAAACAGGACCAGCCUCCCUCACCUCUAUCCAGCCAGGCUGGUCCUGGUCCAAAGACCCUACAGGCCCAGGGGCUGCCUCCCAUCCCCAGAGGGGGAUCACUCAGUAGAAGUAAACACAAAGACCCACACGCUCACUGUGAGGAAGGAAAACCACAGACAAGUCAGCUAAUGUCAGCUCAGGCUGUGGGGUCUGCUUCCUCCUCUACCGCCUCGUCACUUGUCUGUGAUGACGUCCCUGAAGGAAACACAGUCACCACUGAUCAGGGUGUUCCAUCUCCAGAUACAGCAUCAACUGGUGGGGCCAGAAGGAAUCUUCCUUCUGUUCCUGGUCAGUCAGUUCCCAUGUCCUCACAGAGCCAGGUGAACAUUCAGACAGAAGAGCCAUCUCCAACCCCUAAGGUUCCUAACAAAUCCCUGCCUGGGACCCAGGUCACCCAGCAUUGUGAGGAGGGCUUCCCCAGGGAGAGAGCUGAUAACCUAGGGACAGACAGUAACUCCAGCUCCCUGCCUGAGACGGCCUUCUGUGGUUCUAGUGGAAGAGACCUUCAGAGGGAAACUCAUCCGGGUGAACCUGUGAACAGCCACAUGGACCCAACAGACAGCCAGGGUGAAUAUGUCAAGUUCUCCAAGGAGAGGUACCUGCUGGAGUCUGCACCAGAGAAACUACACACGGAGCUGGAGGAGGAGCUGAAACUCUGCAGCAGCGACAUCAGGAGCCAUGGCUGGUACCAUGGACACAUCCCACAAGAGGUGUCGGAGACGGUGGUGCUGCGAAAUGGUGACUUCCUGAUCCGUGAUUCGCUGAUAAACGUGGGCGACUAUGUCCUGACGACCAGGUGGAACUAUGAGGUUCUGCACUUCAAGAUCACCAAGGUCCUGGUCAGGUCCAGCACUGAGUCUAAGGUCCAGUACCUGUUAGAGAAAGACAGUUUCGACUCCAUACCUGAGCUGAUGAGGUACUACGUGGCCGGACGGCGACCUGUCUCCCAGCCCAGCGGAGUCCUGAUCUACUGUCCAAUCAUACGCACCCUCCCCUUGCGUUACCAGGAAGCAACGUUUGCCUUAGCCAAUAGCAGACAUGGCCUAGCCCACUCACCAUCCAAUCAGAAAGGAGCGUACAUUAAGAGGCGGAGCGUGACCAUGAACGAUGGAUUGACCACGGACACGCUGAUACCUCACAGCUCCUCUACUAUUCACAAAGACGCCAUGAGGAACUGUGCUCUGAGUAUGGACCUCAUCCAGGAGUAUCGCCGUCCUCCUUUAGAGGAGACACCUCUCUCCCCAGCCUACAGCCACAUCCACAGACACAGAACCCAACCUGUCCUGAGACACUCCAGCGACCCCCAGCUCAGCCCUGGCUCCAACAACAACCUACCAGACAUGCUAGCAGCCAGCUCCCACUCCACCCCGGGCCCCUGCUCCUACGAAACCCCAGCAGAAGGCUCCGAGACGGGGGGCAGCUACUGCGACUUAGGGCCCACCCCGGCCCUCUGUCCUAAGGCUCCCUGUGCCGCCGGCAUGCACCCCACACCUCCCACUAAGAGCUACGUGGAGAGGCUGCGUGUGGAGGAGGGCCAUGGGCCUGCCCCAGGGAGGGAGGAUGGGGCUGGAGAAGAGGUGUUCAUCGCCCCCCUAGUGGAGACAGCCUCCUCCUUCAGACCAGGGAAGUACCUCUCGCCACUGAUGCCCCAGGAGAACAAGCCCUUAGAGAUGAGCAUUCUGAAGAGGGUUAAAGAGCUUCUGGCGGAGGUGGACGUUAGGACAGCUGCUAAACACAUCACCAUGGCUGACUGCACGGUUGCUAGGAUACUGGGUGUUACCGAGGAGAUGCAGAGGAUGAUGGGAGUGGGCUCGGGACUGGAGUUGUUGACUCUUCCUCACGGACACCAGCUGAGACUGGACCUACUGGAGCGGUUCUAUACUAUGUCUAUAAUGACAGCUGUGGACCUGCUGGGCUGUACCGGCAGUAAAGAGGAGAGGGCUGCUCUGCUCCAUAAGACCAUCCAGCUGGCUGCUGAACUCAAGAGCAACCUGGGGAACAUGUUUGGCUUCGCCGCUGUGAUGAGAGCACUGGAGCUACCACAGAUCUCUCGUCUGGAGCACACGUGGAUGACGUUACGUCAGAGACACACAGAGGGAGCCAUCCUCUAUGAGAAGAAGCUCAAGCCGUUCAUGAAGAACAUGAAUGAUGGCAAAGAGAGCACUGUGUUGUCCAACACCUCCUUCCCUCAUGUGGUUCCUCUGCUGUCUCUGCUGGAGAGGAGUGUGGUUGUGGGGGAGGGGCCAGGGGCGGGGAUGGAAUCCUGGGAGAAAGUGGAGGCGGGGGUUGACGUGGUGAUGUCACACCUGGAGGCGGCCCGGACCAUCGCUCACCAUGGGGGGCUGUAUCGCACCAACGCUGAGACCAAACUACAGGGCUUCCAGGAGAGGGAGGAGGUUCUGGAGAUCUUCCGGACAGAGUUCCAGAUGAGGUUGCUAUGGGGAAGUCGGGGGUCGGAGGGCAGCCAAUCAGAGCGCUAUGAGAAGUUUGACAAAGUUCUGACCGCUCUGUCUCACAAGCUGGAACCUCUUGUACGCCACAGUGAACUAUAGCACCCAUCUCACCGAACACCCCUAUACACAGCACUCACAGUGGUAUAGCCCAUCUCCCCACACUGCUGCUGGAUGAUUCCAAUGUGAGGGGAGGAAGCAGCUAACAGAGACAAGAGAAUAGACUGAGAGAAGCCGAGGGUACGCUAGGAGAGAAGGAGCGUCUCGCUGUACAUCCCCAUAAAAGUCAUAAAGGGCUUUUUCAGAGCUCUUAAACUGUGUGGGAUGUUACAUAUUCUGCCUAUCUUCGAAGUACAGAUAAUUGUAUGGUGUGCGCUUAGGGUCAAACAACACAGGGAAGGGAGUAUAGGGAAGACAAAGCUCUGGUUUGUCUAAAACCUCCCUCACUAGUACUGUCACACUCUGUAGUAUCAUCACCUUAAAGAGACAGUAAUAUUUAAAACAGUGCUUGUGCUCUUCAGGACACCUGUAUAAAAUAUAUACAACUAUCUAUCUCUAUGACCUGUGUCACCAGACCUCAGCUUCAGACUGAGAGGUAGUGUGUUCUGAAAUCUGUUGUUCUUGUAUAGACUCUCUGCAUGUCUGCCAUUCAUUCCAUAUUCCAUCACGUCCCCUGCUGAUGACACCUGCAGUGUGCUCAUACAGCUGGUCUCUUAUCUAUCUGUUUUGAACAAGUCAUAAUAUAUGUUAUGUUUCCAAAUCACAUCAGCUGUCUGAGCGUACUGUGCUCUGCCUAAAAGCAUUUUCUCUCUGUGGACUUUGUGUGCUGUUCAGUGGCAGUUGUCUUAUAUGAGGGCUCUUCUGAGAAGCAUUCACCCUCCCUCUUCUUUUCUCCGCUUCUGGCAUGUCAUAAAUGUUUCUCAAAUCAAAACAAAAUCAAAUUGUAUUGGUCACAUGCACAUAUUGGGCAGAUGUUAUUGCGGGUGUAGUGAAAUUCUUCUGGCAUGUCAUUAAUGGAAUGUCAUUAAUAUUUCUGGCAUGUCAUUAAUAUUUCUGGCAUGUCAUUAAUAUUUCUGGCAUGUCAUUAAUAUUUCUGGCAUGUCAUUAAUAUUUCUGGCAUGUCAUUAAUGGAAUGUCAUUAAUAUUUCUGGCAUGUCAUUAAUAUUUCUGGCAUGUCAUUAAUAUUUCUGGCAUGUCAUUAAUAUUUCUGGCAUGCCAUUAAUAUUUCUGGCAUGUCAUUAAUGUUUCUGGCAUGUCAUUAAUGUUUCUGACAUGUCAUUAAUAUUUCUGACAUGUCAUUAAUAUUUCUGGCAUGUCAUUAAUAUUUCUGGCAUGUCAUUAAUAUUUCUGGCAUGUCAUUAAUAUUUCUGGCAUGUCAUUAAUAUUUCUGGCAUGUCAUUAAUAUUUCUGGCAUGUCAUUAAUAUUUCUGGCAUGUCAUUAAUAUUUCUGGCAUGUCAUUAAUAUUUCUGGCAUGUCAUUAAUAUUUCUGGCAUGUCAUUAAUAUUUCUGACAUGUCAUUAAUAUUUCUGACAUGUCAUUAAUAUUUCUGGCAUGUCAUUAAUAUUUCUGGCAUGCCAUUAAUAUUUCCUGAUGACUCCUGUCCCAUUUACAUCAUAUGAGCAUGUUUUUUCUGCACUUGUCAUACACACAAUUAAAAAUACCCAUAAUGCA